AUGACUGGUGUUAAGCCAUGUAAUACACCAGUUUCACUUUCUACUCCACUUACUGCCUUAGAUGCUCCUACAGAUCAACAUCUCAUUGCAGCUAAGAGAGUUCUGAGAUACAUCAAAGGUACCUUGGAUUAUGGUGUGUUAUUUUCUAAAGGGCUUCUUACUCUACAUGGUUUUAGUGAUGCUGACUGGGUUAACUUCAUUGAUACUAGAAGAUCUACAAGGGGUUUAUGUCUUUUCUUUGGUCCAAAUCCUAUAUCAUGGUCCAGCAAAAGACAAGGCAGUGUUUCCAGAAGCUCAACUGAGGCAGAAUACAGAUCUCUGGCCAAUACGACUGUUGAAAUUUAUUGGGUUACUUAUCUAUCCACUUGGGAUCAAAUUGCAGACGUCUUUACAAAGGGGAUGGCAGGACCAAGAUUUUCUCAUCACAUAGACAAGCUGAAGGUUAUAUCUGGCAACACCCUCCAUCUUGAGGAGGGGGAUAAUAACACUUUGUUGCUCACUGCUUAA